AUGUUACCUCCUACAGCAAUAAUAAUUAAAGUAACAAAUGUUUUAACACCAUAUAUUAUAAGAAUUUAUGAAAUAGAACAUUAUGAUAAAAAAUUAAAUUCUAUUAAUAAGAAAUUAUUAAACAAAAAGAAAACAUUUAGUGAUGUUCAAGAACAUUUAGAACCAAAAAUAAGAAAUACAGUUAUAGUAUGCAAUGACUUAGAUAUAGCAGUUGAUCAUCCUAGUUGUUUAUAUAGAGGAUACAUUAUUAGUAUUGAAAAUACAACAAAUACAUAUAAUAUUUUUUUACCCGAUUAUGGUAUUACCGUUUUAUUACAAAGAGAAGAUUUUAUUAUAUGUUCAUCUGAUGUGAUUUUGGAAGAAUAUUUAAGCUUUACAGUUGGUUUAUAUAAUAUUUUACCUGCCGAUAUAAAAUAUGAUUCAUCUAUGCACAAUAAAACUUUAAUAAUUUUGAAAGAAUGGAGCCCAUGUGCAAUUGAAUAUACAAAGGAAUUAAUAAGUGCAUCUGAUACAAUUUAUUUUGAUUAUUUGGUAUCUGAUCAAUAUGGAAGAUAUUAUGGUGAAUUUUAUCUCAGCAUAAAAAGUAAUAUAAUAUGUUUAAGUGAAGCUUUAGUUCUUAAUCAUUAUGCAGUUUAUUUAAAUGAAGAAUUGUUGCAAUUUAUAAAAAAUCCUAUGAACAGUGAAAAAGUAGAUAAAGAAAUAAUCAAUUGUGAAACUAUAUUUUAUUUAAAUAUUUCAAAAGUAUUGAAUAGCAAUAAUGAAAGAAAAGAACAAAAAGAAAGUUUUGUAAGAAAAAUGCAAUUCAAAAUACAUAAGCAUUUACAUCAUGAAUUUAAAAAAAAUACAGAAAAAGUGUUAAUCUAUGGAAAAGAUAAAUAUGAAUGCUUAAAUUCUAUAUUAGAUGCAAAAUUUCCUGCAGAAAUACACAAGGCUUGGAAAUCUUUGAUAAGAUCACCCAAGCCAAAAAGGAUACAAUCAUAUAUGUGGCCUGCUAUAAAAGAAGGUUUAGAUGUUAUAGCAAUUGGAGUAGCAAAAUCUGGUAAAACAGUUGGAUAUGGAUUUGCUAUUUGCGGACUUUUGGCUAUGAACUCAAAUCUUCCACAAGGAAUAAAUCCAUCAGCACUGAUACUAUGUUCUUCUUCUUGUGAAGUAUUAGAAGUUAAUUCUUUAUGUACUGAAUUCUUACAAAGUUACAAAACAUUAAGAUCAAUUGCAGCAAUCAAUGAUAAAUCAGAAAAAUCCUUAGUGGCUGAAAUGUUUAAUGGGUGUCAGAUACUAAUUUCUACACCAAGAUUUCUAGCACGUUUUCUAAAUAGAAAUAAAAAAUUAGUGAAUUUUCAAAGUCUUCGAUAUUUAGUUUUAGAUGGCGGUGAUGUUAUUUUAGAUAAAUAUUUUGAUUCUGUAAGUCAACUAUUUAAACGACAUGAUAUUAUUUCUAAUAGAGAAUUAAAAGAUAAAAUGUUACAAAUUAUAAUAACUGCUACAUACUGGAGACCAUAUUUUAAAAAAAUUGCUUCUAUUUUAAUGGAUGAUCCAUGCAUAUGUAUAGCAUCUUUUAUAGAAGCUGCAAUUUUUAGAUCUGUAUGUCUAAAUAUAGAUAUAAUAAAUUCAAAUAAAAAACAUGAAAAGCUUUUAGAUUUAUUAGGUGAUGAAUACCGCAGUUCAAGAACUAUAGUAAUUUGCAGAAAUAAUAAAGAAGCUAAGAAAUUACAUAAUUUUCUAACAAAACAUAGAGAGAUUUUAUUUGUUCAUGAAAAUAUGGAUUUUGUUCAUUUAAAAGGUAUUAAACAAUAUUGGAAUGUUUGUAUGAAUGGUUCUUAUCCAGUUUUACUAUGUACAGAUGAGAUACUAUCAGAUAUUGAUGUUACAAAUGUAACUUGGUUAAUACAUUAUUCAAUUCCUUUGCUUUCUAAGACUCAGUUUAAUUUUCGAUUUUCGACACUUCUAGACAAUUUGCAAAUGGAAAAUUGCAAUUGCAAAGUAACUAUAAUGAUGGAUGAAUUUAAUGAUAUACAGUUUUUACAUAUAAUAAAAAGAAUGCAACAUAUGAAUGUUACAAUCCCAGAAGCUGUAUUAGAGAGAGUUAAGCUUAUAACAGCUGCUCUAGAAGAAAAAAAAGAAAAUUAUCCUAUUUGUGAUAACAUAAAAUCUUGGGGAUUUUGCAAUAAACAAACUUCUUGUAUAUUUAGACAUAAAAUACUUUCAAAAGUUGAUGCACCACAGACAAAUAUUCAAGUAAAGGAUAAAGUAAAGUUCAGAGUAAUGAGUAUACAUGACGUCACACAUAUUUCUGCUAGGAUUAUAUCAUAUUUUAAGUUUGAUACACUAGAAGAAAUAAAAUUUUCUAAUGCAGAAUAUAUGCAGAUGAAUAUAAAAAUUCAAGAGUUUUAUGCUUCUAUCGAAAACAGAAAGAAAUGUAGGACGAUAGACAUAGGAUACAUAUGUGGUUUAGAAGAACCAGUAGAUACUUUCAAAAGAGUACAAAUUUUACAUAUUAAGAGAGAGGAUGAGAUUGAUACUCCAAAGUAUGUAGAUGUAAAAUGUAUUGAUACUGGAGUAAUUUUGAACAAAGUAGAUGUAUAUAAAUUAUUAGAUAUGCCAGAAGAGCUUAUAAAAUAUCCUAUGCAAGUAGUAGAAGUAUUUUUAGUUGGUAUAGCACCUCAUGAUGAAGAAUAUGUUUGGAAUAAUUGUGCAAUUGAUUCUGUAUAUCAGUGGUUUAAAGAAAAUGUUGAUAAUAGAUCUUAUGUUAUUGGAACGGUAAAUUUACAUCUGGGAAAUAUAAUAUGGGUAGAUACUUUAAAUGUUGGAACAAAAUUGAUUGGAUAUAAAGAUUUAAUUGGUUCAUCAUUAAAAACAGAAUUAUUAUUAAAAGAUCAUGCUGUUGAAAAUAAUAAACAUUUACAUCAAAUGCAUCAGCUUUGCAAAGAUGCUGGGUUUCUAAAUAAUAAUGGAUAA